AAGAAAGAGAGAGGUCCUGGGAUGAUGACCAUGUCUCUGGCAAGAGCAACCUGGGGCAUAGCCCACAGACGGCCGUGUGCCCAGUGGGGUUGCAUCUCAGGUCAGAGCUGGACACGGACAUUUGAAAGUCGUGUGCCCAGGAGUUCCCUGGUGGCUCAGCGGGUUAAGGAUCCAGCAUUGUUAUUGCUGUGGCUCUCGUUACUUCUGUGGGCAGGGUUCAUCUCUGGCCCAGGAACUUCUGCAUGCCAUAGGCGCAGCCAAAAAAUAAAUAAAGUCAGGUGCCCUUGGGUGGUCACUGAAGCCGUGGGAGGGGUGAGAGCAAUCAGCAGGAAGAGGGAACUCUGGGAGACCCACCUUAUAAAGGAUAAAUGGAGAAAAGGCCACCGGGAAGCAAACAAAGGAGCGGCAGGAGGCAAACCGGGAGAGGGAGGUAUCAGGUCAAGGAGAAUGCUGUGCCCAUGGAUGUCCCAGGAUGUCAUCAGAGACCUUGGGGCCACCUGAGAGCUGGUUAAACUGUGUGGUGCGGCCCUGUUGGCAGUGGGCAUCUGGGUCUCCGUCGACGGACCGUCCUUCAUGAAGGUCUUCGGGCCGCUGUCGUCCAGUGCCAUGCAGUUUGUCAACGUGGGCUACUUCCUCAUCGCAGCUGGCGCUGUCCUCUUCGCUCUCGGCUUCCUGGGCUGCUACGGGGCCCAGACGGAGAACAAGUGUGCCCUCAUGAUGUUCUUCUUCAUCCUCCUCCUCAUCUUCAUUGCGGAGAUCGCAGCUGCUGUGGUCGCCCUGGUCUACACCUCCAUGGCUGAGCACUUCCUGACCUUGCUGGUCGUGCCCGCCAUCAAGAAAGACUACGGUUCCCAGAAGGACUUCACCCAAGUGUGGAACUCCACCAUGGAAGGGCUCAAGUGCUGUGGCUUCAACAACUACACGGAUUUUGAGGGCUCUCCCUACUACACUGAGAACAAGGUCUUCCCGCCAUACUGUUGCUUUGACCCUGGCAAUGGCACCGCUGUGGAACCCUGCACUAGAGAUGAGGCCCAGAACAAGACGGUGCAGGGUUGCUUCAAUCAGCUUCUGUACGACAUCCGAACCAAUGCAGUCACUGUGGGUGGUGUGGCAGCUGGAAUUGGGGGCUUGGAGCUGGCUGCCAUGAUCGUGUCCAUGUAUCUAUACUGCAACCUGAAAUAAGUCUGCCUCCGCCUCCGCCCCUGCUGCUGCUACCUACGACCAGGAAGGAGGUACCCUGGCACUGCCAAGAGGCUGUGAUCAGGGUGGGGAGGGAUCUAAUGGUGCCACUUGGAUCAGAGGCCCAUUUGGCUGCUCUGGACUCGAGGCCAAACAGGCAGCACCCCCUUCAGCCUGUGCCUGACUUUUCCUUCCAUUAUGGGGUUGGGGUACGCCUGUUCCAGUGCCUCUAAGAGAAGUCCUCUUGCUUAUUCCUCCAGUCUGUCCCUUAAACCCUGGAGACCCCCUCGGGCCAAGGGCGGGGAGCUCUUGGUGACCCCAGUACUCCACAGAGGGGAUGAGAGAAAGGCAUCCUAGAGCCUGAGCAUGUGCAAAUCAGCAGUCACUGGGCGGAUGUGUAGACACGUCAGAAUUCACAAACCCAUUAAAAUGUUUAUAUUUGGA